GAGCACUACCAAUUCAUAAGUUACGGAUUAAUUAAAAGUAUUUCAUCUAUCUACAAAUUAAAUAAUUCAACGAAGCAAACAGUUUGGCCGUUCGUGGGUUGGUCGCUCGGCAAAAGGAACAAUUUCGGGCUUCGACUCUGUAUGCAAAUCUCAGAGCAGAGUUAACUGGAUAAAAGGCAGGAAGUGUUUCGGAGAUGGUCAUUCCUCCACCAGUCAGGCCACCUAGGCUCACAAACUUUCUAAAGCCUUAUGUCCUGAGGAUGCACUUUUCUAUCGAGUGCGUGAGUGCCCAAGUGUUCCAUUCACCAACUGCCAUGGUAGCCUCUUCUGCAAGCUCACAAGAAAAGGCCUUGAGGUCAAGCAUCGGAUGCACUCGAGACAUGGCAGCUGCUGCAAAAAUUGGGAAGAUACUGGGCGAGCGCCUACUGCUGAAGAACAUACUUGCUGUCUCUGUUGCUUUGAAGAGAGAACAGAAAUACCAUGGUAAGGUGAAAGCUGUGAUAGACAGUGUGAGGGAAGCAGGUGUGCAGCUUAUUUGAACUGAGAAUAUCUUGUUGGAUUUGCUUCUGCUUCAAGGGUCUCUACAGCUACUUUUGUUCCAGCAAUGACACGAGUCCACUGGGAUCAUCUGUUGAUUUACAAUAAACACCACCCCCCCCCCCCCUCACCCUGCUCGGGGUUGGAACGUCUUAAAAAAUAAGCACUGUUUAGAAAGAAAAAAAAAAGUACUUAUUUUAAGUAUUUAUAGUAUUUGGUUUAACUUGGAUAAGUACUUAUUUCGAAGAGGGUACUUAUCCAAAUGAGCCACUCAACACUUGCCAUGUUGGCUCGUGUCAUUA